AUGUCACAGGACGGCGAUGGUUUUUGCUCUCCAUCCCUUGCCCUGGGCCAGGCCCAGCAGCUGGCUGAGCUGGAGCCACAGGUGCCUCUGACAGUUUGGAAGGUCUGCACGACCCCCCAGUCUGAGGAGGAUGAUCAGUCCCUCUCUGACUUGGGGGAUGCUUCUGUGCCUGAGCAGUUGGACCCUUCUGAUAGAGCUGUGAUUGCGAGGGUGGCAACACGCGCACAGCUGUCCUGCCAAGCUCCGCUUCCAGCUACUUCAGUGUUCGACAGGGGCUCACGGCGGCGCAGGUCGGACGGGCUCCCUGUCCUUCCUGACUUUAUGUCAGAGCUGCAGGCAUCAUGGAGCGCUCCUAGCUCUACAGCCCUUCCGAGGUCCCAGCUGGCCAAACUUACAGGGGCGGAUGCUCAUGGGGUGGCCACAGCCCCCCGAGUGGGCCCCACCUUUGCUAUGUUAGCAGGCGCUGUGGCAAGGGCUGGCAGGGAUGCCACUCACCCUAACAGAUGCUGCAGGGCAACUGAUAACCAGCUCCGCAGAGCUUAUCAUGCCUCAGCUCUGGUGGCCAGGUUGGCGUGCACCGAUUCCUUGUUGCUGCUUUAUUUGGAAGGCCUGCUGCAGGAUUUGGCUUCAGCAGCCCCAAGUGAUGAGAUGGCCAAGAUGCUCCGUGUGGCAGACAUGUUACUGCGGGGUACCAGUGCACAUGCCCGAGCCCUUGGUCAGUCGAUGGCCUCCAUGGUCCAGGCACGGCGCCAAGUCUGGCUGUCGCAGUCUAAUCUGUCCGACCAGGACUGCAUUGCUGUGCUGGCGGCUCCAGUGGUGCCUGGAGAGGUCUUUGGUCCGCCCUGUGAGGCGGCCUUGGAACAGUCCCGGAGGACGAGGGAGCUGACGCGCUCUGUGAGGCACCAGGCCUCAGUCAGUUGGUGGUCAGGGCCCUCGCUGACGGUUGCCAGCCUCCGGCCUCAUACUUCACUCCUCAGCACCUUGCUCACCGGCGCCAGUGGCAGGUUGUCAGUCCCUCGUGACAAAGGUCGCGGCCCUUCUACAGAAGGGGGCAAUAACACCCGUCCCCAGCGGAAACGCCUGCCCUUCCAUAUGCUUCGUCUGUCACGCCUUCUGUCAUCUGUAAGGCGCGGGGACUGGUUCACUGCAGUGGAUCUUCGCGACGCGUACUUCCACAUUCCCAUACACAGGGGCCACAGGAAGUACCUCCGUUUUUUCUUUCAAGGCAACGCCUACGAGUACAUCAUCCUCCCAUUCGGCCUGUCCUUGUCUCCUCGCACCUUCACAAAGUGCAUGGAGGCAGCGCUGGCCCCUUUGCGUCGCCAGGGGAUUCAUAUGUUGAAUUACCUGGACGACUGGUUGAUUUGCUCCCCAACCGAACAUCAGGCUCAGCUCGACACCAUGACAGUGUUGAGCCACCUCAAGAACCUGGGGCUGGCUGUAAACGGGGAGAAGAGUUGCCUUGUUCCAUCCCAGAGGGUGGAAUAUUUAGGUUUGGUUCUGGAUUCGGCCUUGCUCAGAGCUGUCCUGACCCAGAAGAGAACAGUGGUGCUGAUGGAGAGCUUGUCACAGUUAACUGUGGGCAAGCACAUUACAGUGAAGUGUGCCCGGAGGCUGUUGGGCCUCAUGGCAGCAGCAUCCCAUGUGGUGCCCCUAGGGUUGCUUCACAUGCGGCCUCUGCAGCGUUGACUUGCCAGGGGUGCUCACAUCAACCUGCUCGAACUGGAGGCAGUGUAUCGGGCCUUGGUGCAUUUCCUUCUGGUAAUUCGGGGGAAGCAUGUGUUGGUCCGCACCGACAAUUCAACCGUGGUCGCUUACAUCAACCACCAAGGGGGGCUGCUGUUAAAGUCCCUGCAUGACUGGACGCACAAAAUCCUCCUCUGGGCUCAUGCUCAGGGUGUGUCCCUGAAAGCCAUCUACUUGCCAGGAGUGGCGAAUGUGGCAGCAGAUCUCCUGUCCAGAGGCGGCCCCCGGCCAGGGGAGUGGCGACUCCACCCACAGGUUGUGAAGGCCAUUUGGGCUCGGUUCGGGGAGGCCCAGGUAGACCUCUUUGCCUCACAGGAGACCACUCAUUGCCUGCUGUGGUACUCCAUAGCAGGUCCGGUGGGGACUUUGGGGGUGGACGCUAUUGCACAUCAGUGGCCCCAGGGUCUGUUGUAUGCUUUUCCCCCCUUUCCACUCAUACCAGUGGUAUUGGCCAGAGUAGAGAUGAUGGAGGCCAGGGUUCUGCUUGUGGCCCCAAACUGGCCACAUCAGCCGUGGAUGGCGACCUUGCAGAGGCUGUUGGCAGGGACCCCUUGGUGCCUCCCAGUCAGGCCAGACAUGCUGUCACAGGCUCGGGGAGAGCUCUGGCACCGGAAUCCGGGAGUUUACAGGUUACAUGCCUGGCCCUUGGACGGGAGCCGCCCUGUGGCUUGA